AUUCAUAGUGCAUAUCUUUAUGUUUCAAUAAUAUUUAUGCCAGGUUUGCUUCUAUUUCUUUUGAUUUGUUGAUUUAUGAAAAGUCAGUAAGCCAUUUCAUUAUAUACUUCAGGGGUUGGCAAAUAAUGGCCUGCUACCUGUUUUAGUGUGGCCCAUGGACUGAGAAUGGUUUUCACAUUUGUAAAUGGUUGAAAAAUUUUUAAAUAAAAUCUCAUGACACACAGAAAUUACAUAAAAUUCCAAUUUCAGUAUCUAUAAAUAAAGUUUUAUUAGAACACAGCCACAUACAAAUUCAUUUCUGUAGGUGCUUUUCACUAUCACAGCAGAGUUGAGUAGUUGCAACAGAGACCAUAUGGCUGGCAAAGCAUAAAAUAUUUACCCUCUGGCCCUUUGCAGGGAAUGUUUGCUGACCCCUGUUAUAUAUCAACAGCUGUGUCAUUGAUAAACUGCUAAAAGACAAGUAUUAAAAAAGUUCUUGUCCUAGACAGUCAUCAUUUAAAUAAUUCCUGUCCUCCUUUCGUACCUUAUUUUUUCCUCUGGGGAAUCAUCAUCCAGGGAUCUGCAGAAGACCUCAAGAAAACAUGGGGAGGAUUUUCCUCACAGGAGAAAAAGCCAAUUCAGUAUUAAAACGCUACCCACGAGCUAAUGGACUCUUUGAAGAAAUUAGACAGGGCAACAUUGAACGUGAAUGCAAAGAAGAAGUCUGCACAUUUGAGGAAGCAAGAGAAGCUUUUGAAAAUAAUGAAAAAACUAAGGAGUUUUGGAACACCUACACAAAAGCACAACAAGGAGAGAGUAACAGAGGAAGCGACUGGUUUCAAUUUUACCUUACCUUUCCACUCAUCUUUGGCCUCUUCAUUAUCCUCCUUGUCAUUUUCCUAAUCUGGAGAUGCUUCCUAAGAAACAAAACUCGCAGGCAGACAGUGACUGAAGGCCACAUCCCUUUCCCGCAGCAACUUAAUAUUAUCACUCCACCUCCUCCACCAGAUGAAGUGUUUGAUAGCAGCGGAUUGUCGCCAGGCUUUCUGGAGUAUGUAGUUGGGCGCUCAGAUUCCGUCUCCACUCGCCUGUCCAACUGCGAUCCCCCGCCUACCUAUGAGGAAGCCACUGGCCAGGUCAGCCUGCGGAGGAGUGAGACAGAACCUCAUUUAGACCCACCCCCGGAGUAUGAGGUCAUCAUUAACUCCAACUCAGCCAGUGCUAUUGCUAUGGUGCCUGUGGUCACCUCCAUCAAAUGAAACUGCAAACUUCUUUUUACUAUCGUAAUUUUUAAAGUACUAAUGAAAGAACUUUAUAGCACUUUACCACUACAUAAAUGUGCAUUGACUUAUUUUAUUGGACUCUGACAGCAUACCACUUCACAGUGUCUGAUUUUUCAUUAGUUGUGUUUCCUACUAUAAAAUCAUUAUCCCUGCCUAUUUUUGCUAAUAGAAAUACAUGAAGAGGGAAAAACUAGUAAGUUUUGGAGGUCUUCAUGUUAUGUGAUGAGAUACACAUAUAUGUGUGUCGGUAUCUAUAUCUAUGUAUGUGUAUUUGCAUAUAUACAUACAUGUGUAAGUCAGCCCAAUAUAUGUGCAACUGUCUUAUAAAACCAUUAACUUCUAAAUCACACCUAUAAAGUGAGCAUUACUCACAAAAACUGGAGGGAAAAGGCACCAAUAAUUUGUGUAAUAGAUAAACAUGCUAUUGAAUUUAAGAUGAACUUAGCAUGUUUUCUAAUUCUUAGUGGCUUUUGUUCACCUUUUUCUUCCGCUGCCUUAAACGGGAAAAAAAAUUAAUGUAGUCCAUCUUGACUGUAGGAACAUCUCAGAAAGAGACAGGGAUACAGGGAAAGCGCAGUACGAGCUGCCUUGUUUAUAGUACAGAGCAGGAAAAUCAUUGAUCAUUAGUGGCAUUUGGGUAAUUUUAUGGGGGAAUUUUGUUGUUGUUGACUGCCUCCUCCCCCAAAUUAAAGUGUUUGCUUAAGUAUCUGUGAAAGUCUCCUGCAGUUUGUAUUAAAUGUGUUGGUGGAGAGGAUUUCCUGGCAACAGAGUAAUUUCUAAAGUGAAUAAGUGUAUUUAUGACAGAAUAGAUACAGACUUGUCUUUGCUCAUUGGUGAUAAUUAUUUUCUUCUUACUGUUUCACUGCCUUUUCCUCUGUUGUCUACUCCCUCUCCUCCAGGCACAGAAUUGAAUCUUCAAGCACCUAAGAAUUUAGGUGAAAUAAAAUUCUUGAAAUUAUUUUCUUAGUGUGUUUGUAUAGAUGGAAGUCUUUGCUUCAAGAUGAUUAGGAGGCAUUUUUCCAUUACUUAGAACUAUGGUUUUUAUAUUGUUCUCCAGUUGGUGAAGGGAGAUUAUCAGUCGGAGAAAUGUCUGCCAUGCCCAAGCCUCCUUACUGUUGGAUAAAAUAGUUGAUGAGGCAGAAAGAGUGCAGAUCACAGAAGCAUCAUACACCCUGCUGCCUCCCCCAGUCCUGCCCUGGAGCCCAGACAAGGAGGAAUGCUGGAGAGAACCCUGAACUAGGAGGCGGAUUGCCUCAAUUUGAGUCCCGUUCUGCAACACCCUUGCCAUGGUAGCUGGGGAAAGAACCAUAGCUGACCCUCAAUUUCUCCAGCUCUGAUGGUUAUGUCAACUGUCUUGCCCUUCUCCCGGGGGUUUUAAAAGGAUCUAAUGAGAUGGUGUGCUUGAAAGUCAUUUGUAAGAUACAAAGAGCUAUCAAAGUGCAAAAUCAUAGCAUUGUUCUUAUUGCACUUCGGGGGGAAUUUUCUCCCUCUGUUUCCCUACAAUAUAUCAGAGCUUUCACAUAGGGAGAAAUGGAGUAGGCUGAGCAUAAAUGGCCAACACGGUCCUAAUCUGAGUGUGUGGGCUAUUAGUUAAGCUCCUGUCAUUCUCUGGUCUAUGCCAAUGCUGUGCCAACAUAAAGAUGACAGCCAGCUCAGCACAAACAGCAUUAAGCAUGUUGGAAAGGGAACUAAGAUGUGUUACUAGGUUUUGUAGCUUUCAUGGCCUAAAAAUGAAUAAAUCUUAACCCUGAUCCCAGAAGAAAUGUUCUGAAUUUGGCCACAAGCACAUGGUGAUCUCUGACUUCUAAUGAAAGCUGAACAUGAGAGUGUUUGAUUCAGUGACUUAUGUGGAUAUUUUGGUUUUUUUUAAUGAAAAUUAAAGCUCCUUUUGUGUGGACUUUUGUGGGUUUUUUGGUCAUUAAUAUCAGGCCUUAGAUUAAACCAGCAGUUUUCAAAGUGAGGCCCAGGAACCCCUGGGGGUCCUUGAGAGCCUUCCAGGGGAUCAGUGAGAUGAAAACCAUUUUCAUAAUAUGAAGGCACUAUUUGUCUUUUCACUCUCUUUCAAAAGAGUUGAAAAUGUAAAACAAUGCCAUCUUCCCACAAACCUUUUUUCUGUUUUAGAUUAAUAGAGCUAUUUUCUUAAAAUUGUUAUUUAUGUUAGCAUGUAGUAGAUUUUUUAUUUUUAAAAUGACUACAUUAAAGUUUUUCAGUGUUAUUUUCUAAUAUGGUAAAUACAGGUAAGAUAUAAACUCUAUAAAUAAAGGCUCUUUGGCAUCCAGUUCCCCAAUAAAUUUUAAGAGUACAAAGGGGUCUGGAGACUACGUUUAAGAAUUACACAGUUAGAGAAAGGAGCAGGAUGUUCUAUUACAAGUAUAUAUUCUCACAACUUUAUUUUACAUUUAACUUCCUGAUAAUUGGGUUUAAUGUUGCCGCUAAGAGAUAUCUGAAUUGCAGUAUAAGAUAAAAUGUUGAUUCUUAAAGCAAAAGCCAAAUGGUUAGGCUUUAAACUGAUCAAUGGCUGUAGCUUUUUAAACUGUUGGUCAAAACACAGUAGUUCAUAGUGAUAACGGCACAGCCACAAGUCCUGUGGCAGCAGUCAUGUGAUAAUGACAGGAUAAACAAAAUACCACCUUCUUCAAGAACCAUUCUCUUAGGUUUGUUUUGCUUAAUUUUGAUUUGGGUUUCAUACUUUUAAAAACCUUUUUGCUACCCCAUCUGUUUUUAUAAAUGGAGUUUCUGAACAUUUGUUGUAAUUAAAGGGGCUUGCUGGAAUAAUAUAUAUUUUUCAUAUUUUUGCCUUUCUUACGAUUAAUUAACAUUACAUUCACUUUUGAUCAUUUUUGAUAAAGGUUUAUUUUUAUAGAUAAAUGUAGUACCUUUCUUAAGCAGUAACUAAAGUGAAUUAACCAUUUUCAUUUUGCAUUUAAAUGACAGAAUGGGCUUAAUGGUCUUCCAGUGGGAUGGUUUCCAAGCCUCCACGUGCAGUGGUUGUGUCUGGAACCCCAGAACUGACACUUUCUGCCUCCUUGCUUUGAAUGUCAAAAUGAAUUGUAUCUUAUUAAAGUAAAUCUUUUUUCUGUUGACCAGUACAAAUAGAGAUGCUGUUUGAUUCAUUCUUAAUGAUUUCAAGACUGAUGCUCUGCUAUGAUAACUGGAAGUAGCUUUAACUUGGUGUUCUGUGAAUAGCAUGUAUUAUAAUAUUUCACAUUUUUAAACACUUGGUUUACAUUAAAUUAUGGUAUUUAACUAUUUUUAUGUUUAUACUAGGUAAGGUUUUUCUUACGUUUCUGUGUUUCUGGUAUGCUAAAUAAAGCUAUUUUUAAACCCAAA